UAGCGUUCGAAUACAGACAACUAUAUGUCGAAUCAUCAAUCCUUGAAGCAUUAUUCGGCAACCUAAGUGAAGAAUGGUCGAAUGUGCCGUGACCCGCUUAUUAAAACUUCUUAAAGAAGACAACAGUCGACAUCUAAACGCUCAUUGCAUAGCACUAUGUCUGGAGCAAACAGAUCUUGCGGGAUUUGCAGAGAAAGUGUUUACAAAUGCAAUAAACUGUAUACAAGAAGAAAAAGACAAGUUUGAAAGUAUUCAUGACCUAGUUUCACUUGCUGUGAAUCUUUUUAAUGUGCCAUACUUGGAAACCGUAGUUAACGUUCUGAUAUUUAUUUGUAAAAUUUGUUCAUCUAUCAAAGGAUGUGGAGGUCUAUAUUCUAUGAUAUCAGAGAAUUUACGUUUGGAAUUGUCAGAGAAAAUGAGAGAUAUUGAAGAAAAAUUGCAUGAAUUUUGUGAAUGUUUUGAGGCACGAAGUGGUGAGUUAAAGUGGUUCAAUGAACAUGGAGAGAAAACAGAAGAAAGCAUUGAAAGGCUCUUAGAUAAUGUCAACUACAAGGAAAUUGGUAUGGGCUUUUCAGUAUCGCUAGAGACUAUCAUUUUAAGGUAUAAAAAUAUCCGUGAAGAAAACACCCUCAAGUUUGUUGGAGAGUGUUUGAGUGUGUACGUACGUGUUGCGAUCAUGCGAUGUGUGAUGCGAAUUUUGAUUAUAUCAAUUGUACCUGAUGAAAAAAUGAAAAGCGCAACAGACCGAAUUAAGAUUUAUAUGGAUGACGAUAGCCGGCUAAGAGUUGCUUUUCUAAACAGGAUACUGGAGCCAAGCCACGAGAAUGCAAUAUUUCUGUCAUCAUUUAGCAUUACAGAUUAUCCUCAAGUGGAUAUGUUUCUAAAUAAUAGAUGGUCUGCUACAGAAAAACAGUCAUGCGUAUGGGACAUCGGUGAUUUUUUGACAAACAAACGCAUUGCUCUGCAUCCGGUAGUAUUUCGAGGUCAUUGGAUGAAUACAGCUGCCGUAAAAUAUGUGUGGAGUACAUUUACAGCGCCACAUGAUGAUUAUGCUCAAUUUCGCUUUGAAGCUGUAUCGAAAGGAGAAAAUAUAUUUUUCAUCAAGUCAUUUAAAACAAAGUCUUCAUAUAUUUAUAUGAAACCCAAUUCACUUCUAGGCAAAACGAGUAUUCGACCAAGAGAGGAAGGGAUGUUCAAGGUUCUCCGUUUACAGAAUGACAAUUGUUUGAUAUCCGUUGUUAAAUACCCUGGCAGAUUCAUUUAUAUGGAGGGCUCUAUUUGGGGUAAGAUAAAAGGGGCUGUGACAGACGAUACGUAUCCUGACGGCAUACCAACUGAUCAUCAUGAAUGGUCACUUAAGGAAGUUCGUAGAAAUGAGGAUGAAAUCAAUAAAGUUGAAAAUCCUAAAAUCGUUAGUGCCUUCACCUCCAAAAAGAAGUGACAAAAUAAAACAUUAAUCGCCAGACUUAACAUCGAUUAAAUGCGAUACCAUGUUUGACGAAAUAGAUCCGACUUCAGCGAAAUUCAACCAGAUGUAAGAAUGUGUCAUGGAACUUUCAAAGAAUUCAUAAUAUGAAUAUUUUCACUAUUCAUAACACUUGAAAAUGUUUUGUAAAGUAUUAUCUGCAUCACCGAAGAGACAUUAUUUGUCGAAAUGCGCAUCUGGUGCAUCAAAAUUAGUACCGUAUAAGUUUUAAAUAUAGGAGUGAGUUUUUCUUUGCUUCUCCUCACUUCAGGAUAGUUUGUAUGGACAGAUUCAACAAAUACCCACCUUCAACCAGACACAACCUAAAACCUUACCAGACGCAAGUACAUGUAUCCCCUAAGUCUGUUUUUUUUUGUUGUUAAACGAAUCUGUAUCUACGCUGAAUAUUCUAGCCGUGUCUGUUGUAUUGCAAUCAUACGUGACUGCGUCUCCUAAGCAGCCUAUCCCCUGUGCAUUCCAGAUUUCAAUUUUUUUUCCGUUUACCGGCUCAAGAUGUAAUGUUAUGUUAUAUUCUUCGUAAUAUCGGUAUGAUUAGAUCUCGUAUAACGGAAGAUGUGUGCAGGACAUCUAGAUUACUGAUUUCACCACGUCUUGAUUAUGGAGAUAUACUUUAAGGUGUUAAUCCGGCAUCUUUGCAGAAGUUACAGAAAAUUAAAACACUGCUGCUAGGCUAGUGACACGUUCGCGAAAACAUGAGCAUAUUACACCGACUCUCAUACACUUUCAAGGCUCCAAAUGGAUUAGCUCCAGCAUACAUCCAGGAACUUCCUCGAAUCUACCAUCAUCAGCGAACACUACGUUCUGUGGAUUUAUCAUACCUUCUAAAAUCACAAGCUCAUUCUAAACUAUAUGGCAAAAGACUGCUUAAUAUUUCUUCUUCAACUCAAUGGAACUGCUUCCCGGUGGAUCUUCUUGUAGAAGGUUCAUUGAUUAUUUUUGAAAACAAAUUUUAAAGAUAUAUUUUUAAACUUGCAAUCAAUCUGUAAUUCGGUAUUUAUGUAUACAUUUAUUAAAUAAAUUAGUAUCAUUUUAUGCCUUUC